AUAUGUAUAUAGGUGCCUAGCAUACAUGGUUCUAAAAGACCUGCCUACAUCCAUGGAUAUCAACUAACGACCCAGCUUGGUUAGUACCACAGCAUUCAUGACAGAGCCAUUGCUUAACAGCGGUAACGUCCGAAGCCGCUUACCCUGAGGCGUUUUCGGGGGGUCAUCCUUUUUCUAGGACGCACUGCCUUGUAGCUUGGUGCGGUCACUUGACGUAUUUAGUUGGCUCCGAACCAACAUUCCUCCUAGACGACCUGGCUUUCGAAGGGGCUGAGAAUUGCUUCGACAGGUACUUUCUUAGUUUUCGUGUUAUCUUUUUCGACAAGGCCACCGUUAGAAGUCGUGCUUCGGUGUUUUAGAACAGUCUUAACCACUUUCGAGUUUAUUUUUUGGUUUGUUUACCUACCUAGGCACCUUACCUAGACAUCUAAUAUCUAUCACAUCUUGUUCCAAGGUUCUUUGUUCGUUUUGUAGUUCCUUUUUUUAAUAUACAACCAACAAGAUUAAAUCCCGACUCGGACCUUGCUACUGCUAGUAUUCAUACAACUAGGCUGAAUACUAGAUAGAUAACGAGCUGGGCAUUUAAAUCACAGUUCUACAGCCCUACACGUCUACACUUCCACACCUCUCUGAAUCAUCAAUACCUCUAGUUACUAUGCUUCAGAAGUGCUCCCCCAAUCAAGUUGGUUGAAUUAUCUGCCAUUAUGGUUGACGACGACCUCGAUGCGCUUCUCCAGAGAGGCUAUUGGUCAAGUUCUAGGGCUAGAAGUCCAGAUCCAAGAUCCCUCCCUCCGAGCCCGGGCCCCCCGGAAGCCCCGCCGCAUCGAUCAUUUGUAUAUUCAGCUCCUCUGAGAACACCGCCUCGCAAUCGCAAUCGUGUCUUUCCUCCGGCCCCUUACGUCGAGGAUGAAGAGGAGGCCCUAGCGAAAGAGCACGGACAUACUGCACCGACAACGCCUAAAGAAGAACCGAUACAUCGAGGAGAUCCUGAGCAGUUACCCAUUCUUCUGCCUAUACACGAAUACAAUCCGGAGCGGCGCUUCGUUCUAGUCUCUAGCCCAGCCGAUUCCGUGAAUGAUCGCCCCGAACCCGUAAAGAAGCUACCCCUCCCACCGAAAUCCAGGGCUCCCACGCCUGAAUCUGAUUCUGAACCCAAACCCGACCCCGAAUAUGAGAAUGGGCCUAUUUCUUAUGAGGCAAACACAGGCCGCAAGUAUGAUGGACGUUCGCGUCGUGAGGAGCAGCGUGAGGAGCGCCAUGAAGAGAAGUCUAAAGUGAAACGGAACUCACGCUCUAAUCUUGAGGCGCAUCGUGACAAACUUGAUCAUCUACCAGCCAUAGUCACAGAUAUGUCCUCACAACCGCGCUCACCUGAUGCGAGAAGACCAAAAUCUACGGCGAGAUCCGAUAAGGUUGACGAUGACUACUUUUCACCUCGUCAGAGCUCCCGAUUUCAGGCUGGGGGUACAUUAUCUCCCGAUGUAAUAGAACACUCUAGCAGAGGAAGAGACCGAGCAUACUAUCAUGGUGGAGCUGAUCCUUACAAUACCCAGGAUCGCAAUCGAUCAGCUCAUCCCUAUGUGCAGUAUGAGAAGAGUCCUCCGGAUGAUAAAAGAUAUAAAGAUAAGGCCUUUAAGCUAGCCAAGUCCGCAAGUCCUAAUCAUCACAAACGGCGGUCGACUGCAGAUUUAUCUCAACAACAGACCAAACCACUCUCAAGAUUGGGUGAUGAUAAGCCACGUCCGUUUGCCGAGCUCUCACCUUCCAAGACGAACAGAGAGCGAGAGCGAGAUCGAAAUGGUUAUGCGCGAUAUGAGCAGAAUAUUACAUCUAAUUCUGCAUCCCAGAUAUCGCUGAAUUCGAAUUCUAUGGAGAAACGGGGAUCUCCGCCCCGUGGUGAAUACUUCUACUCUAGUGACGAGGAGGUACCACAUCAAGAUGACCGUCGCCGUCGACGAGACUCGGUCAUAUCUAUCAAACGCAAACCUCGCCUCAAGGCACCUAUCGAAUUGAAGCCAAGUGACAGCCGACGAUCUGUCGAGCCUUCACCACUCCCUUCUCCCAGAACAUCUUUGGUUUACGAGAGGGAAGUACCACCUCGCCCGUCUAGUCCACGCAGUCCCCCGUUGCCUAAAGAUAUCAGAUUUUCGCGAAGCAACCGGCGUAAUCAGCAACCAUUGACUCGCCCCCCUACCACAGUUCAUUCACAGUUCAACUCAUCUGCUCCGGGCCUAGUCCCAGCUGCGGUUGCUGCGACCACUACCGGGAUACUGAAAUCCGGUUCUACCGACGAUCUUCACCGAGUGGUUAUUCCCCCUCCACCUCCGCCAAGAUCCAGUGCCAUCCAGGCAUCUCCACGUUCAUCGGCAUCAUCAUUGUCGUUGUUAUUGUCAUCCAGUCCUCAGAGACACGCUGCUCGACAAUCGCAAGAAUCGAGUUCACUGAGAGAGGUUACCAACCCAACCCAAGUCAUACGACGCUACUUCGACGAAGUCCAGGCCGGCAAAUACUCCGACCGGCUGCGCUGCCCACGCCGCAAAGCAGCGAUAGGCUACGUUGACUGGCUGACGCUCCCGCACUGCGACAACUUCCACAUCUGCCCGUCGUGCUACGACACGACCUUCUCGCGCACCGAGUUCGCGCACCACUUCGUGCCGGCGCCGUUCCGCGGCACCGACCGCGCCAUCGCCUGCGACUUCGGCAGCUCGGAGUUCUACCACAUCGCGUGCUUCCUGACGGUCAAGUACCGCAAGUCGGACCUGAGCCUGUUCCGCAACAUCGCAACGAUCGCGGCGCAGAGCCAGCCGUGCACGGGCGCGCGCGAGGCCAGCCGCAUCUGGUACUCGGUCAAGGACGGGCGGUCGCAGCAACAACCGGCCGACCAGUACUUCCACGUCUGCUACACGUGCGCCAAGACCGUCGAGGUCCUGCUCCCGAACCUGACUGGCCUGUUCAGCCCGAUGGACUCCCCCGCCGAGCCGAUGCGCGGCGUCUGCGCCAUGCACCAGCAGAACGAGCGCCGCUUCCUCUUCUACUUCGACCUGCUCGAGGCCGCCGCCGACAAGGCGCUCGUCACGCGCGGCACCCCCGACGUGCUGGCGUUGGCGGAUAAGUUGCGGGAGAUGGCGCUUGCGACGAGCAGCACGAGCAACUCGAACACGGCUACCCCUACCACCAGCACAACGGCGCUGGCGAAGGCCCCACCACCACCACCACCAGCAACAGCAACAGCACCAGCAGAGGUGAUCCCGAAGUGCGCGCACGACCGCGCGGUGCCGGACGGGCGAUGGUAUACGAUGCGGUCGAUCCCGGACUUCACGGUGUGCGAGGCGUGCUUCGAGGCGGUGGUCUGGCCGGCGAUCCAGGCGGACCCCAGCUCCAUCGCCGCCAACUUCCACCAGCACUACACGCGGCUCCCCCUGGCCGCGUGCCAGCUCUACUCCCAGCGCAUGCGCGGCAUCUUCGACGCCGCGGUGCGCGACAGCGACAUGCGGCUCCUCGGCAGCGCGAUCCGGGAACGCAGGGCGAGGGAGCUGGAGUACCACGACAGGAUUGCGGGGCUCGAUCAGGCGAGGUACCCGCCGGCGUGGAUCGAGGAUGAGGUUGAGCGGGCGGUGAGGGAGUGGCAGAAGUGGGAGUAAAGGGGGGGGGGGUGGAUAAGGUGAGAGAGUAUAGGGUAAUACGAGAACGGCAAGUGAGAAACUAGAACGAACAACAACGAGAACUAGAACGGCAUCGAAGAUCGAGAAUCGACGGUUAGUCUGCCUAUUAUGUAUAGGUACAGGUAUAUCUACCUAGAUGCCUAGGUAGACAAGGCUUACAUAUGGAAAAGGGGGGUUCCGGGGUUCCGGGGUUACGGUGGUGAGGAUAGGAAGGUCGGUUUAGAGGAGGGUAUGAAACUACGCAUCAUGCUCAUGGAUGAACGAACGAAAGCCAACGACGGAACGAUGGAAUGAAAUCAGGGGGGGAGGCAAAAAAGCAUCGUGACGAGAAAUGAGUUAUGGAAUGGAUAUUAAGCCUUCCAGGUUCGAACUUGACCUAGGUGGUAGGUUGGUAAGAUAUCUGCAUAGGUAGCCUACUAGGGUAUGGAUGUACUCAGUUUAAGGCUCGGUAUGAUCGAAUUCAAUUGACCAAGACAAUAUUGAAAGUAAGAAGUCAUUUCUUGUUUACCCCUGAUUUGUGACUGUUCAUUUUGUGCUUGAUGGUUUGUACUUUAUUUUCUGCCUUAAGGCCAUAUGUACCUAGGUAGGUAGGUAGGUACUUUCCAACCCCCUUUCCCCUUCCUAUGCCACUCGGGGUCUCAUGUCAUCGUA